AUGCACUACUUCUCUGCCUUUUUAAUUUCCCUUUAUUUCAAUUAUUACAUGGACGAUUCGACGGACAUGAGACUCGAAAAAUUUAUUGAGCUCAUCAGCAUUUUGACCUUUAUUACCAAUAAAAACUUUGAGAUAUGUCCUAACCCCUUGAAGGUUAUUUUGUUGAAGGACAAAUUCAAAAUUUUAACCCUUUUGCGUGAGCACAAUUCAAGGAUGAUGGAGACAUAG